CGACCCGCACACGCUCCAUCGAUGCGGGAGUCCUGAGCGAGGGAGAGCCGACGAAGUGGGGGGAGUGCAGCCCGCGGGAAGCCUCGCUUCAGCGGGGCCGCAGUGGAAGCGCCUUCCCCGCGGCCAGACACGCCGACAUGCCGCGGAGGAAGCAGCAAGCGCCGCGGCGCGCCGCAGCGUACGUCCCUGAAGAUGAGAAGGAAGCGGCGCUGCUCGACGACGACCCGGACGGAGAAGACUCAGCUCAAGAAACGGAGGAACCGGCUGCCAAAGUCCCGUGUCGAGACGCAAAUGACGGACCGGCGCCCGGGCCCGAGUUCCACGAUUCGCCAGUCGCCGCCGACUUCUCCGGCCAGGAGAUGGACAGUGAGUCUCACCUGAGCGAAUCCAGCGACGGCAUGUCCGACUUUGAGAGCCCCCCGCUUAAAACGGAGGAGGACCUUCUUCUUUUUAAAGACCCCGCCAGUGUGUUGUCGCUGUCCUCUACCGCCACGGCAGCUGCGGACAACGCAGCCGUACCGGGGAGAGGUGACGAAGCCGUCCUUUCCGGCUCCAUUCUUUCCACCUCCGAUUCCGUGGCUAACAGCCUGGAGAAGAUGAAGGCCAUCUACACGUCUUUCUUGACCAACUCCUACUGGUCCACCGUGAACCUGAACCUGAGCCAGCCACCCCAGGAGAAGCCCCCUCGCAGCCACAGUAACAGCAGCAGUAGCAGCAGCAGCAGCAGCUGCGGUAGCGCCGGAUACGACUGGCACCAGACAGCCGUCGCCAAAACCCUCCAGCAGGCCUCACAGAACCACCAAAACAGACUGGUCACGACCCAGCACCCCGCAGUGGCCGUGUCUACGGCCUCUGCUGAGCCGAGCCUGUUCAGCACUGUGCAGCUCUACCGCCAGAGCUCGAAACUUUACGGAUCCAUCUUCACCGGCGCCAGCAAGUUCCGCUGCAAGGACUGCAGCGGUGCAUACGACACCCUGGUGGAGCUAACGGUGCAUAUGAACGAGACCGGACACUACCGGGAUGACAACCACGAGGUGGACAGCGAGGGCACCAGGCGCUGGUCCAAACCUCGGAAGCGGUCAUUGUUGGAGAUGGAAGGCAAGGAGGAUGCACAGAAAGUUCUGAAGUGCAUGUACUGCGGGCAUUCCUUUGAGUCACUCCAGGAUUUAAGCGUCCACAUGAUUAAGACCAAACACUACCAAAAAGUGCCUCUGAAGGAGCCCGUGACACCGGUGGCAGCGAAGAUCAUCUCGGCUAGAAAAAGAGCUCCCGUGGAGCUGGACGUGCCCAGCUCGCCGGAAUCCAAUGGAGGUGCCACGCCCAAGCUAGCCUGCCUGGCUGACGCCAAUGAGCUCCUCCAGAGGACGGCUCACCCGUACAUCACGCCCAACAACCGGUACGGGCACCAGAAUGGCGCCAGCUACGCCUGGCAGUUUGAGUCGCGGAAAUCGCAGAUCCUCAAGUGCAUGGAGUGCGGCAGCUCUCACGACACCCUGCAGGAGCUGACGGCGCACAUGAUGGUGACCGGACACUUCAUCAAAGUCACCAACUCAGCAAUCAAAAAGGGCAAGCCCAUUCUCGAGACGCCAAGCCCGGUACCGACGCCGACCGUGGAGGAGAAGGUGCAGUCGGUUCCUCUGGCUGCCACUGCCUUCUCUCCGCCACCCGCCCCAGUUCCUCCUCCCACCAGCGUUUCCCCCGACGCCAUGGCUGUGGAGAUCAAAAAAGAGGAGAAGGAGGAGGAGUGCACUAAAGAAUCCGUUCUCCACAACAACUCAAACAAGACGUCAGGAGGUGAAGAGGAAACGGACGAGAAGUUUGACAUCUCCUCAAAGUACACGUAUCUGACUGAGGAGGAUCUGGACGCAAGUCCCAAAGGAGGCCUGGACAUCCUCAAGUCCUUGGAGAACACGGUGACCUCGGCCAUCAACAAAGCCCAGAACGGAGCUCCGAGCUGGGGAGGCUACCCCAGCAUCCACGCCGCCUACCAGCUCCCCAACAUAAUGAAGCUCUCCCUGGGAAACUCGGGAAAGAACUCCCCUCUCAAGUACAUGUUCCCCGGGGCAGAGCUCCUCUCGCCUACGGGUAAAAACCAAACUCUGGUGACUUCUCCCAGCCUCCAAACAUCGCCGAUAUCCAAGAACAACUUCCACGCCAUGGAGGAGCUUGUCAUGAAAGUGACGGAGAAAGUGGCAAAGGUUGAGGAGAAGAUGAGGGAUCCAGGCAGCGUGCUGAGGUCGUCCCCCAUGAGAACCACGCCGUCACCGUGUCACAGCGAGGCGGGCGACUCCCACAGAGGAGACUCCCCCAAGGACACCAAAACGGGAGGCUGCACAAGUCCGGAGAGUGUGGCCGGUCAAACAAACCACAAGGAGCCAAACCCGCAGAGCAGUGCGAAGGAGCCCACAGAGAACGGCAUGGAGUCCGCGGAGGCCUCACCUCAGCCCGGGACCCUCUGCGGCAGCACAGCCAUCAUCACUGACCAUCCGCCCCCGGAGCAGCCCUUUGUAAACCCGCUGAGCGCCCUGCAGUCGGUCAUGAACGCCCACCUGGGCAAGGCCGCCAAGCCUGCCCUGCCCUCCCUGGAUCCCAUGAGCAUGCUCUUCAAGAUGAGCAACAGCCUGGCUGAAAAAGCGGCGGUGGCGGCCUCCACACCGCCCGCCCAGGCCAAGAAAUCCGGCAACGACCACCUGGGGCGCUACUUCUACCAGCCGAACCUCAGUGGCAACGACCAGCCUAUGGAUCUCACCAAAGGCAAGAACGCUGACAAAAACGUGUCGCCUUCCCCGACCGGCGCCGUGACCAAAGCCUCGGCCGCCGUGGCCUCCUUCAUGUCAUCGUCCCCCCUGAAGGAGAAUGCCUUGUCCGACAUCUCCGACAUGCUGAGGAACCUGACGGAGAGCCAAGCCAUCUCGAAGGCUUCCACGCCCACCAGCUUGUCGGAGCGCUCCGACGUGGAGGGCACCACCCAGGAGGAGGCGGAAGAUGUGUCGCCUGCCCAGAAACGCAAAGGCCGCCAGUCCAACUGGAACCCCCAGCACCUCCUCAUUCUGCAGGCGCAGUUCGCCUCCAGCCUGAGGCAAACCACGGACGGCAAAUACAUGAUGUCGGACCUGAGCCCGCAGGAGCGAAUGCACAUCUCGCGCUUCACCGGCCUCUCCAUGACCACCAUAUCCCACUGGCUGGCCAACGUCAAGUACCAGCUGCGCAGGACCGGCGGCACCAAAUUCCUGAAGAACCUGGACUCGGGCCACCCGGUCUUCUUCUGCAGCGAUUGCGCCUCGCAGAUCCGCUCCCCGUCCACUUACGUCAGCCACCUGGAGGCGCACCUCGGCUUCCGGCUGCGGGACCUGGCCAAGCUCUCCGGGGAGCAACUCCUGGGUCAGAUCUCCCAGCAACGCUUCCACAAAGGACUCUCCGACAAACUGCUGGACCACUUGCACCCGUCCGGGCGCCCGUCGCCCUCUUCUCUGCCGUCCUUUUCCGUGGCCCUGCCCUCGUCCUUGCCCGCCCCCGAUUCGGCGGCGGCGUCCCCCAACAACGACGAGGACGAGGGCUGCGGCGCGACGGCCCACCGGUGCAAACUCUGCAACCGGACUUUUGCCAGCAAGCACGCCGUCAAGCUCCACCUCAGCAAGACUCACGGGAAGUCCCCCGAGGACCACCUCAUGUACGUUUGCGAGCUGGACAAGCAGUAGUGCAAAGUACGCCGGUGUGAAAGGACGGCCGACGUUUUCUUUGCCGGAGGCGUCGAACGUUCCACAAACUUCCAGAUGUGAUCCCCGAGAUGCGAAUCCGGAAGGUUUGAAGAAAACGAGGAAAAAAAAAAUAAAUAAAAAUGAAGCGGUGUGUUAUUUUCUGUCGAUGAAAUUGCUUUAUAUUUCCACAUCACCGCCGUGUGAAAAGUUGCAUGCAUCAACGGAGAAAAAAAAAAAAAAUGGACAUCUUCUGGAGUUCUCGUUUGGAUUUGUUUUGGG